GCCGGGGCCGCAGUGCCCGCUCGCGCGGCGUGUCCCGCUGUCCGGGGUCCGCACGGCUCUGCGUUAGCAGGCGGCCGCCGGGCGGGGCCUGUCCGCUGGACGGAACCGAGCAUGAGUGCGCCCGCCGACUCUGGCUCUUCCUGCCCUGCGGGUGUGGGCCUCCCCUGACCCGAGGGGCUCCCGGUCCUGAGAUGCAGGGACCGCGGGAUGGAGACGGGCAGACCUCCCUGCAGUUCUAACCCGGACACGGAGGGGGCUCCCAGCACAGGCACCUGUCCACACCUGCAGCUGCAGGGAUCAGUGCGGUGUAGGCUCCGCGCCGACAAGGUUCUGGGAGGCAUCCACAGCACUGCAUGCCUUCUCCCGCUGCUGUGGUCCACACCGCCCCACGACCCGCUGCUGCGGUCCACACCACCCCAACCACCCGCUGCUGUGGUCCACACUGCCCGAUGACCUGACCUGAGGAAGCACUGCACAGAAGCUCUGUCGUGUGUCCUGAGACCAGCACCGAAGGGGAGCCCGAGCGUGCAGGCCGCACCACCACCUGGUUCCCGGACCUCUUAGCAGCUGUCCAGCCCUGGAGACCUCACAGCUGUUUCCACGGUCCUCACUGCUACGCUGCGAACUGAGUGGAAGAAUUAAAGGAAUGUGAUAUGAUGAUAUAACUUGAUAUCGCCAAGCAGCAAGUUUUUCUGACUCAGCAUGUCAAAAAAUAAGGGUCAUUCAUCUAAACGAGGUAACUUAGCAGUCACUGCAGUUGCUUUACAAGAUCACAUUUUACAUGAUCUUCAACUUCGAAAUCUUUCAACAGCAGAUCAUUCUAAGACAAAGGCACAAAAGAGAGAGAGCAGACCCAAAUCUCUAAAAGGAAAUACAAAAGCAAUAAUAGAUACUGGACUUAAAACAACUCUACAAGACCCUAAAGUGGAAGAUCCAGAAAAAGAAUAUGUUCUUGAUCCAAAACCACCACCAUUAACUUUAGCACAGAAGCUGGGCCUGUUUGAACCUCCACCACCACUACUAUCCUCAGAUGAAUGGGAAAAAGUGAAACAGAGAUCCAUCCUGCAGGGGGACUCUAUGCAGCCAUGCCCCAUAUGCAAAGAGGAAUUUGAACUCCGCCCCCAGGUGCUGCUUUCAUGUUCCCAUGUGUUUCACAGAGCAUGCCUCCAGGCUUUUGAAAAGUUCACAAAUAAAAAAACCUGCCCUCUCUGUAGAAGGAACCAGUAUCAAACCAGAGUGAUUCAUGACGGAGCCCGGCUAUUCAAAAUAAAGUGUGCGACAAGGAUCCAAGCCUGCUGGAGGGGACAUGUGGUCAGAAAGUGGUACCAAGACCUGAGGAGAACAGUACCUCCCACAGAUGCCAAGUUGAGGAGAAAAUUCUUUGAAGAAAAGUUCACAGAAAUCAGCCACCGCAUCCUGUGCUCCUACAACACUGACAUAGAGGAGCUCUUCUCGGAAAUUGACCACUGCCUGGCCAUAAACCGAAGUAUUCUUCAGCAACUGGAGGACAGGUAUAGCCAUGAACUCACAGAAGAAGACUGGGAGAAGAUCCAGAUACAGGCCCUACAUCGGGAAACCUAUGAGUGCCCCAUCUGCCUCACCCCACUCCCAGCCAGCAGCGACUCUCACCAGGAUGCAUCAGGGAUGCGCUGCAGCCAGACUUCCCGGGAGACAGUCCUCCUGUCCUGCUCACAUGUGUUCCACCACACAUGUCUCCUUGCUCUGGAGGAGUUCUCCUUGGGGGACUGCUCUCCUUUCCAUGCCUGUCCUCUCUGUCGCUCUUGCUAUCAAAAGAAAAUUCUUGGAUAUUGAAUUCACAGUCAGGAAAAAAUUAUAUAAUUCCUGGAGUCGGGGGGAUUUACCUCAAUUUUGUACAGAUUGUAGGAGUUUGGGGUUAAGUGCUAUAGUGUCAUCUCUUCUCCAAUGAAAUAUACUCUUAGUAGGUGUACAUAGGAACCCUAAAUAUAUUUUAAAAGCUGGCAACCUAGCCAGCUUUAGUCUUUAGUUUAUAAAAAUUUCAAAUUGAUGGAUUUAAUCAGUUGAAAUAAGUGAGGAAUGGAUAAAAACUUGAGUUUCAGAAGUUCUAUAAUUUAGUGAUUUGCUAUACUUCAAGUUGAUCAGAUGCUCCCUUAUUUUCAUGGUCAUCUGACUAACUGGCCUAUUUCCAUGAAGUUCUGACUAGCACCAGUUGGACCUGCCAGGAUGGUUCCAGCACACUGUUUCCAGGCUCAGCCUAUGUAUACAGCUACUUAUAUAUAGUGACUGUCUGACCAAUAAGCUGGUAACCUAAAAACAUUCUUCAAUUGUCUUAGACCUCCUGCCAUUCCUAAUAUUUGUUUUGUAGUAAUUGCUUUAUUUCCAUGUGAUAAAUAACUAUUGCACUUCAGCACUUCAAAUAUGUAAACCCAAAGUAUAAAAAUAAAAUAUUCAGUGAUAUUCAACACCAGAAGAUGGUAAAUCACAUUUUAAUGACUUAGAGCCAUAAUACUAUUUUAGCUUGUCCAUGAAGAAGAAAUCUAUGAAACUACUUUGAUCAGAAGCAUUUGACUCUGGUUUACUCUUCCUGGGCACUUGGUUGUUGACAAUAGCAAAGUACAGUUCUACAGGUCAGGUAUCACAUAAGGCCCUGCAUUUCAGUGGUUUACAAAGAAGCCUGUUCUUUCUGAACCCCACAGCCCAUCAGCAGUGGGGUGAGGGCUAGGGGCUGAGGGGUUCCUCUAAGUGGCCUCUGGCUCCCUAGCUCCUCUGCCCUGAGCCUGUGGAUGUUCUCAUCGCUGGGGAAGGGCAGGCAGAUACAUUUUAUGGCCCAUGCCUUGGGCAUAGGGGUGCGCAUCACCACAGCCAUAGCUAACUACGGGGUAGAGACAA